AUGGUGCGCAGUCUGUCGCAGUGGACGAAAACGCUCAGUUUUCCGGCCCGCAUCUCGCCGAACCGGAACUCGAAGGACUGCAACGUGAACGUGUUGCCGAUCACACCGCCCCCACCGGCACCGCCGGCUCGGAACAAGUCCACCUCGACGUCGACCACCUCGUCCAACGCGACGAUGUCCUCCUCGUCCCCGUCGUUCUCUUCGUCCUCGCCGACGCCACCACCGAACGUGCCCAUCACCGAAAUUAGUCAAAUUAUCUAUCCCGACCCGGAGUCCGAGAAGGCCAUUAUGGGCUCAUUGGUAUUCUGUAUCCAUCACAAGCAAGGCUGCAAAUGGUCCGACGAGUUGAGGAAAUUGAAGGCUCAUUUGAAUACCUGCAAGCACGAUGCUAUCCAGUGUCCGAACAAGUGCGGCUCGCAGAUCCCGCGCGUCAUGAUGACGGACCACCUGGCGUUCACCUGCAUCCUGCGGCGCGCCAUCUGCGAGUUCUGUAACGUCGAGUUCACGGGCAUCGGGCUGGAGGAGCACGCCGGCACGUGCACCGCGGAGCCGAUCUACUGCGAGUCCAAGUGUGGCACGCGUGUCCUGCGCGGCCGCAUGACCAUUCACCGUGCCAAAGACUGUGCCAAGCGGAUGCGGCGCUGCCCGCACUGUGGCCGCGAGUUUAGCGCGGACACACUGGGCGCUCACGGGGCGACCUGCCCGAGGAGUCCGGUUCCGUGCCCGCAGCGUUGUGACGUGGGGCCGUUCGCCCGUGCCGACCUGGAUGCGCACCUGCGGGACGAGUGCAAGGCACUGACGGUGCCGUGUACCUUCAAAGAGGCCGGCUGCCGCUUCAAGGGCCCGCGCCACCUACUGGAGGCUCACCUGGAGGCCAACACAUCCGCGCACCUCUCGCUGAUGGUCGCCCUGUCCGGGCGCCAGGGCCAGCAGAUCAACAUGCUGAAGAGUGCGAUGGCCAAGCUGAGCACCAACUACACUGGCACGCUCCUGUGGAAGAUUAGCGACUGGUCGGUGAAGAUGCAGGAGGCCCGCACGAAGGACGGCUUGGAGCUGGUUUCGCCACCGUUCUACACCAGCCAGUACGGCUACAAGCUGCAGGCGUCAAUGUUCCUGAACGGCAAUGGGCCCGGCGAGGGCACGCACGUCUCCGUCUACAUUAAGGUGCUGCCCGGCGAGUACGACGCCCUGCUCAAGUGGCCCUUCUCGCACUCGGUCACGUUCACGCUGUUCGAGCAGGGAACGCUGGGCAGUGGGAACGGCGGCGGUGGCCAGGGCGGAGUGGCCGAAUCGUUCGUGCCCGACCCGACGUGGGAGAACUUUCAGCGCCCGUCGACGGAACCGGACGCGCUCGGGUUCGGCUUUCCGCGCUUCGUUUCGCACGACCUACUCAACCGGCGCCCGUUCGUGCGUGACGAUACCGUCUUCCUGCGCGUCAAGGUGGACCCGAGCAAGAUAGUGGCCGUAUGA